GGGAGUCUGCGGGAUAUUAGACGCGCGUUGCAUCCUUUGCUACUUUGUUUUGGAUCCGUGGUGUGGUGGGAGACACUCUCGAAUCUCCCCUGCGCUCCGCACGUGGAGGAAGUUCGUUUACGCGAUCAUAAAGCUGCGUUUGUUCGCCAUUGUGCAUCUCUCAGCACAUCCUUUAUUACGCUGGGGGUCCCGUGGGCGUCACCGAAAGCGCGGCUGUGCGCAUUUAACGGUACCUGCAUAAUAACAGUGACAGACAGAAGGGAGGAGAAGGAACAGGGAGGAGGGGGUGUUUAUAACGCGAGACGUCACUGAGUCAACCCCACCGACCUGAGCACUCACAGCGGGAGCAGAUCUUUGGUACUCGUCGGUCGCCUUUUGAACUGUAAACCCGGUCUAUGUCUCUCUGUCAUUCUCUGCCUCUCCCUGUCUCUCUAUCUGUCUCUCACCCAUUCACUCACUCACUCACUCAGCCUCGCCUCUCUCCCAUCAAUCCAACGGUGCAGGACCCGCUUGCUCGUCCGCCGGUUACCGCAAGGCAGAUGAUGAGAUGUCCGGCACCACUUCCCAGGCGGAUCCCAUAGAUGCCACGGCGCGGACGGUGCUGCUCAACCGACCUCAGAACACCAAGUUCUGUGACAACCAUGUCAGCACCACCAAGUAUGGAAUCCUCACCUUUCUGCCCCGGUUCCUGUAUGAGCAGAUCAGGCGGGCUGCCAACGCCUUCUUCCUGUUCAUUGCACUCAUGCAGCAAAUCCCUGAUGUAUCACCGACCGGUCGCUACACCACACUGGUUCCUCUCAUCUUCAUCCUCACUGUGGCCGGGAUUAAAGAGAUCAUAGAGGACUAUAAGAGACACAAGGCAGACAACACGGUCAACAAGAAGAAGACAACAGUGCUGCGGAACGGAGCCUGGCAGACAGUCAUCUGGAAACAGGUGGCAGUAGGAGACAUUGUGAAGGUGACCAAUGGCCAGCACAUUCCAGCUGAUAUGGUUAUAGUGUCCUCCAGUGAGCCACAGGCCAUGUGUUACACUGAGACCUCGAACCUGGACGGAGAAACCAACCUAAAAAUCAGACAAGGACUCACACUCACAGCUGGCAUGCAGACUCUGGAGGAGUUGAUGGCGCUGGCGGGUCGACUGGAGUGUGAAGAACCCAACAGACACCUGUAUGACUUCACCGGCACACUGAGGCUGGAGAACCACAAUGCUGUCCCUCUCGGCCCAGACCAGGUGCUGCUACGUGGAGCUCAGAUCAGGAACACCCAGUGGGUUGUGGGAAUUGUAGUGUACACAGGCCAUGACUCUAAACUCAUGCAGAAUUCCACUAAGGCUCCCCUGAAGCGCUCUAAUGUGGAGAGAGUAACAAACAUGCAGAUCCUGGUCCUGUUUGGAAUCCUGCUGGUCAUGGCUCUUGUCAGUUCAAUCGGUGCUGCCAUCUGGAACAGAGAACACACUGAAGAUAACUGCUGGUACCUGUCCAGGGCUGGCGACAUCUCCACCAACUUCGCCUACAACCUGCUUACGUUCAUCAUCCUGUACAACAACCUGAUCCCCAUCAGCCUGCUGGUCACACUGGAGGUGGUCAAGUUCACACAGGCGCUCUUCAUAAACUGGGACAUUGAGAUGUACUACUCAGAGACGGACACACCAGCCAUGGCUCGCACGUCAAAUCUCAACGAGGAACUGGGUCAGGUGAAAUAUCUGUUUUCUGACAAGACGGGAACACUGACCUGCAACGUCAUGAACUUCAAGAAGUGUACCAUCGCAGGAAUAACAUACGGCCACUUUCCUGAUCUUGACUGUGAUCGUUCAAUGGAGGACUUCAGUAAUCUGCCGUCCAACAACCACAACUCUACAGAGUUCGACGAUCCAACACUUAUUCAAAACAUUGAGAACAACCAUCCUACAUCACCUCAGAUCUGCGAGUUUCUGACCAUGAUGGCGGUGUGUCACACGGUGGUGCCAGAGAGGGACGGCGACCAGAUCAUCUACCAGGCAUCCUCGCCUGAUGAGAGCGCUCUGGUGAAAGGGGCCAAAGGACUUGGCUUUGAGUUCACUGUGAGGACGCCUGAUUCUGUCAUCAUUGACGCUAGAGGAAAAGAAAUGAGCUACGAGCUGCUGAAUGUCCUGGAGUUUUCCAGUAACCGUAAACGUAUGUCUGUGGUGGUGAGGACCCCCAACGGGAAGCUGCGGCUUUACUGCAAAGGAGCUGAUAACGUCAUAUUUGAACGUCUGACGGAGGCGUCUCAGUACAAAGACCUGACUGUUAACCAUCUUGAACAGUUUGCAACAGAAGGCCUCAGGACGCUGUGUUUCGCUUAUGUGGACCUGGAGGAAGACGCCUACCAGGAGUGGCUGAAGGAGUACAACCAGGUCAGCACCAUAAUCAAGGACCGCGCUCAGAAACUGGAGGAGUGCUACGAGCUUCUGGAAAAGAACCUGCUGCUUCUGGGAGCCACUGCCAUCGAGGACCGUCUCCAGGCUGGCGUUCCAGAGACCAUCGCCACUCUGAUGAGGGCAGACAUCAAGAUCUGGGUGCUGACGGGGGACAAGCAGGAGACAGCCAUCAACAUAGGUUACUCCUGUCGCCUGGUGACACACGGCAUGUCCCUCAUCAUCGUCAACGAAGACUCCCUGGACGCGACUCGUGCCACUCUCACAGCUCACUGUUCGUCGCUGGGCGACUCUCUGAAGAAGGAAAACGAGUUAGCGCUGAUCAUCGAUGGUCAGACGCUGAAAUACGCCCUGUCCUUCGAGCUCCGACAGGCCUUCCUGGACUUGGCGCUGUCCUGCAAAGCUGUCAUCUGCUGUCGAGUUUCCCCGCUGCAGAAGUCAGAGAUCGUAGACAUGGUGAAGAAACACGUAAAAGCCAUCACCCUGGCCAUAGGAGACGGCGCCAAUGACGUGGGCAUGAUACAGACGGCCCACGUCGGAGUCGGGAUCAGCGGCAACGAGGGCAUGCAGGCCACCAACUCCUCCGACUACUCCAUAGCCCAGUUCUCGUACCUUGAGAAGCUGCUGCUGGUCCACGGGGCGUGGAGCUACAACCGUGUUACCAAGUGCAUCCUCUACUGUUUCUAUAAGAACGUGGUUCUCUACAUUAUUGAGCUCUGGUUUGCCUUCGUGAACGGCUUCUCGGGGCAGAUCCUCUUUGAGCGCUGGUGUAUAGGCCUCUACAAUGUGAUUUUCACUGCACUGCCUCCGUUCACGUUGGGUAUAUUUGACCGGCCGUGCAGCCAGCAGAACAUGCUCCGCUUCCCGCAGCUCUACCGUAUUACCCAGAAUGCCGCGGGCUUCAACACCAGGGUGUUUUGGGGACACUGCAUCAACGCACUGAUUCAUUCAAUUAUUCUCUUCUGGUUUCCACUGAAAAUGUUGGAGCACGACUCCCCCUUCCAGAAUGGCCAUGGAAACGACUACCUGUUCGUAGGAAAUAUGGUGUACACGUGCGUGUUAUUAACAUUGUUUAAAAAAGAAGGAAUGGAACCCCCCGCCUGGACCAGGUUUUCUCACCUGGCGGUCUGGGGAAGCAUGGCGCUCUGGAUGGUCUUCUUCGCCGUCUACUCGGCCAUCUGGCCCAAUAUCCCUAUUGCCCCCGACAUGCUGGGCCAGGCUGGCAGUGUGAUGCAGUGCUGGUACUUCUGGCUGGGCCUGGUCCUGGUCCCUGCUGCGUGUUUACUCAAAGACUAUGCCUGGACUGCAAUUCGUCGUACAGUGAGAAAAUCUCUUCUAGAGGAGGUGCAGGAGUUGGAGGCUCGAGCUGUUGACCCCGGAGCAGCUGUUCUACGAGACGCUAGCGGACGCAGUCUAAACGAACGAGCCCAUCUGCUGACAAGAGUCUUUAGGAAAACACCUUCAAGUGUGGGACGAUCGAACUCGGUGCAGCAGACCGUGUCACAUGGCUACGCCUUCUCUCAGGAGGAGCACGGCGUGGUGUCCCAGUCCCAGGUUGUCCGCUCCUACGACACCACCCGCCAGCGCCCCAGCCUCUAGCCCCGCCCCUCGGCCAAGACUUUGGCUCACCAAAGCAACAGUCAUCAGGGCGACAGCAGAGACAGACUCAUAUACCACCCCUGACCCCGGGUGGUGGAGCCCUGCUGUGGCCUUGGAGGGACUGUGACCUGACCCCUCGUCUGGGGCAGGGGUCAUGGUCAGACCUGGAGACCGUCGCUCGUGCAUGGAGGACUAAUAUGAGAGAAGGAACCGGGCCAAACACACGGAACAAACUUUACCAAGCUGCGCAGGCAUGAGUAAUCAUAUCCAUGCACAGACAUGACAAGUCAAACUCAGACUUCUCCACAUCCACAUAUAACCCUGUAGGAUUUGAAUCUACCCGCUGUGUGUUCAAGUGUGUGUUCAAGUGUGUGUUUGCAUCUUCACGUGUCAGUAUCUCUUUGUGCAUGUACGUCUGCAUGCACUGGCCCACCUGUGGUUCUGUACGUGUGUGUGUGUGUGCGUGUGUGUGUCCGUGCGCUCAUUUCCACAGUUUCUUCCACUUUUCCUCUUGUGAUGUCACGACAUACUGACAUAAAAUUGGGGAGGGUGUGAAAAUAAACGCACACGAGGAUUCCUGAAGAAGAUGAGGCAGAAGCCUGAGGCGGACCACCGGAGGUCAGCUGCAGCUCCAGGCCUGACUCUGUCUCCUCACUGCCGUACACCACACACACGUGGCUGAGGCUGAAGGCAGAUCCCAACCUGGACCUGACUCCUCCUCAGGCUCCGUUGCGAUCCUCCUGUCUCUCCAUCCCCAGCUGCCUCUCUGCAGCUUCCUCACGUCUCUCCUCUGCUUCACACCUCCUCAUCCUCGUCUGCACUGAAAAUUCCAUUCUGUGUGCUCCAUUCCAACUGUGACGACCUCCUCUGUCCAGCUCCGUCAGCUGAGGUACAGUCAGCACGCCUGGCGUCAGCGCUUCCUCCUUCACUUGUGUUGAAAUCUUUACAGGACCUGUACCUUUGUUUUGUUGUUGUUUUUUUUUUUAAGUGAAGUCAGUGUACACGUGUUUGUAUAUCAGUUUUUUUUCUCUGCCUGUUUUUGUAUCCAUGUGUCACAACAAGUCCAAGAGGGAACAUUUGAACUACUGCUCAUCGGCGUUGAAACAGAAGGGACCGGAUUGGGACUCUCGCCUGCAUCAUGUGUUUUUCUGGCUCUGGCCAUUGUCUGAGUGUAGAGUCUAUUGUUGCUCUGUGUUGAAGACACUGUUUCAGGAAUGCAGGCCUGCAGUGGUGGAAGACAGAGGAGGGGAGGGAGGGAGGUGUCCACUCAAGUCCUAAUCAUUAAAUCUAAUCAAUCCAUGGCCUGACAAAAA